AUGUCUCACACAUCUAGUACAACACACCCUUCAACGCAAACACAUACUUCAAAUCCAGCUCAUCCAACAGGUCUUUCACACAAAAAUACUAUUGAACAAUUUGCUGAUGCUGUUAAUGGAAAUCAUUUAAAUAAUCUUGAUAAAUAUCUGGAUGCUAACGUACAAAAAACAAUUGAUUCUCAAGUUAUUUAUAAAGAUUUAAAAGAAGCUCGAGAUUAUUACACAAAAGAACAUACGAACAAAAAAACAGCCCAUUGGAAAAUUAUUAAUUUUCAUGAUGAUGAUCAAAAAGGAAAUACAAGUCGAGCUCGACUUAACUAUGAUAAUAAAACAUAUAAUACAACAUAUACAUUUUUACCUUCAGGAAAAAUUCAACGUAUCGACGCUACUCUUGAUACAACAGCUACUCAUCAAUAA